AUGAGGCGGCGCGGCACUAUGCAAAACUUUUUCAUCCUCGAGUUUGGGUCACGUGUCUUUGCAGCACGCGUCGCAAAGGCUCGAACGCGUCUCGCCGAAAGAACCGAGUCUGAAUUAUCUCCAGACGGUACAUGCGCAUUCAGGCAUUUGAUCCUCGACCACCUCGCCAGCGACCGCUCAACUUUGUACCAGCCAGAGUUCCUCUAUAUCAAGACUAACGAUCUAACGAAAACAACAAUCGUCAUGUCCGAUUUCGAGGAUGACAUGGACGUUGAUGCCCCCCCUUCCAAGGACAUCCUCUUCGCCGCCGAGGGGUCCAAGGGCAAGCGUAGCGCCGCAAACCUUCCCGUCGAAGCCGAGGAUAGCUUGCCAUGGGUCGAGAAAUACCGACCUUCAACGCUCGACGACGUCUCCGGCCACCAAGACAUCCUCGCCACCAUCAACAAAUUUGUCGACACGAACCGCCUGCCCCAUCUCCUCCUCUACGGCCCCCCGGGAACCGGUAAAACAUCCACGAUCCUCGCCCUAGCCCGCCGCAUCUACGGCCCGGAAAACAUGCGCCAAAUGGUCCUGGAGCUCAACGCCUCCGACGACCGCGGCAUCGACGUAGUCCGGGAACAGAUCAAGACCUUUGCCUCGACCAAGCAGAUCUUCUCCCGCGCGACGGCGAGCGGCGGCGGCAGCACCGCGGGGUACAAGCUCAUCAUCCUCGACGAAGCCGACGCCAUGACCAACACGGCGCAAAUGGCACUCCGGCGCAUCAUGGAAAAAUACACGGCCAACACGCGCUUCUGCGUCAUCGCCAACUACUCGCACAAGCUCUCCCCCGCGCUGCUGUCGCGGUGCACGCGCUUCCGCUUCAGCCCGCUCAAGGAGCCCGACAUCCGCCGCCUCGUCGACAAGGUCCUCGAGGAGGAGAAGGUCAACAUAGUGCCCGACGCGGUCGACGCGCUCGUGCGGCUGAGUAAAGGCGACAUGCGCCGCGCGCUGAACGUGCUGCAGGCGUGCCACGCGUCCAGCACGCCGCUGCGGCCGCGCGACGGGCCGAAAGUCCCCGAGGGCGAGAUUGUGAGGGAGACGAUUACCACCGAGACGAUUUAUACUUGCAUUGCGGCGCCGCCGCCUGAUGCGAUCCGGGAGAUUAUGGGCGCGCUUCUGGCGACGUCUGAUGUGGUGUCGUGUUUGUCGACCAUCAACUCGCUCAAGGUGGCGAGGGGGUUGGCGCUGGCGGACAUUAUUACUGCUUUGGCCGAUGAGAUUUCCAAGUUGGAGGUGAAGCCCGAGGUGAUGAUUACGUGGUUGAGCGGGUUGGCUGAGAUCGAGCACCGGGUCUCGGGCGGGGCUAGCGAGGCCGUCCAGACGGGUGCGGUUGUGGGAGUGGUACGGAAUGGCGUGGAGUUGAUGAGCCGGUAGUGGUCAACGUAGUUAUAGAGGCCGUCAUAUUGGUCUGUCAUUAUCAUCUACUCAGCUACUAUGGUGGGGGACAAAAGUCUGGGGUUGAGGCGCUAUGGUCCGGCGGGCGUAUAUGAAUAUUUAGAAAGGUCUGCCACAUGAUGUUAUGAUGGUUAAUGUUGUUGGCUUUUGCUUUUCCAUAUGGGUCGGGUCUAUAUUCGAUGAACCGACGCAGAAUAAAAUAUGUCCAGAUAAAUCAAGAAAAGAAAAAAAAAAGACAAAAAAAGAG